UGCUUGGGGUAUUAUUUCUAGAAUUGGAUUGCCUCUAUUGAUUUUCUAUCGAUUUCACAGUUGUGUUUUGUUAUUGGAAAUUUGGAAUAAGUGUUACAGAACGCCGCGGGGUGAACAUCCGCUCAACUGACGACAAGGAAUGACUCCAAGGUCACUUGCAGGAAAAUUAAAACAUCAUCGCCGUAAAGUAAAGAAUUUCCAUCAUCACCAUCAUCAUCGUCGUCAUCAGAAAAAGCAACAAGGUGAAUUGAAGGUUCCACUUUUUAAGAAUCUGGUGACCUUGGAAUCAAAUUCGCAUCAUCCACAUCCGUACAUGGACAGCGUUAGUUGGCUCUAUUUGGAUCCAAAUCCUUUGAUAAAAAUCGAUGCACCAUUAAUUGAAAAGCAUGAUAUUGAUUAUGCAAUGCCACCACCGCGAAGAAAGACGAAUAAUUGCUUGAAUUAUAAAUGUCAUAAUCAUCGUCAUCAUUAUCGUCAUCAACGUAAACAUCAACAUUGUCGUCAUCGUCGUGUUGUCAGUGAUCCUGGCGCGAAAAAUUGGAAUACCAAUAAUCCCCUGGAAUUAAAGGGACACAGAAGAAUUUCAAGUUAUCAUCAUGAAAAUGAUAUUUGUCUACAGGAAGCAUGUAACGAUCGUAAUCGUGAUGAUACGAUGACUUCAACGUUCAGAAAAGUGCCAUGGCAUCCCAAUCUGCACAUGCUCAAAAUUCGACCAACUUGAGAAUUUAUUUUGUUAUAUAUAUAUUUUUUUAAAAGUUCUUUUCUCUCUUCGAAUUCCAUUUAUUUAAUCUAUUUAAUUUUCCAAUUAAAUAUAUUAAAAUUUUUAAAAAGAUUCAAAAAUUUUUGUCGAACACGAAGAGAAAAUGUAUAAAUCUUCAUUUGUAGAAAAUGAUUUCGUAAAUAUUCGAAGUUUAUGCAGAGGAAAUUUUUGUAUAUUUCGAUAAAUCACAAUUGUCUCGGAUUGAAAAUUUUGGGGAACUAAAAUUUUUACAAGAGGGUAAUUUUUUCAAUUCCAAAUUAUUAUCGUGGGUGAAAAAAUUUUAUAAUGAAAACAAUUUAUAUGCGGAAAAGUAAACAACUGGAAACUUUUGGAAAUUUGUAAAUAUUGUACAAUGUAAAAAUAUUAUUGG